UUUGCGCUGAAGUCUUCCAUUCUGUGGAGCUCCUUCACCAAAGUCAAACAUUUAUUACAACGGAAGACACAAUGUACAAUAUUGAUCUUCUUUCAGACCGCGUUGUUUCGGAAGGUAUGGAAAGAAGAUGGAAUAGAGAGCUACUACGUCAAGAUAGGAUUUUUAAUGCUAAAGUCAGAACAAUUGGGGUCGAUCAAGUUGCGCUUGAUUCUCAAGUGAAGGUACGACGGGAAAGAGAGGAUGUUGAAAAACAGUCAGUAAAGCAAUGUGCCGCUGACCUGGUGCGUAAUGAUCGCACGGCCUGCCUGCUCGAGCAGCGGCAGGCUAAGGAUGAGCGCCAGCUGCAGGACGCAACUCGAGGCUUCCGUCAGGCCUUCCAGCAGCCGUGGAGCCGCCGGGAGUUCGACCUGAACGACAGCGAGCACCUGAAGACCCAGGAGGGAGUCCAGAUGCUACCGGGCUUGACGGGGGAGGACACGGACCAGCGUGCCAGGCUGAAGAGACAGCGGGAACAGCUCAGAGAGUGGUCCGUUCAGCAGCAGAACGAGCUGAACACAGCCCGGUACCAGCAGAGUUUGGAAGAGCACCAGUAUGACCGGGACAGAGUGGACCUGGACAACAGAGCUCUCCUGCUCCAGAACAUGGAGGAGCAGAGGAGGAGGGCUGUGGCUCUAACCACCAAGGACUUCAACCUGGCCAUGGCAGCAGCAGGGUCGGAGCGUCGUCAUCAGGAGCGGCAGCAGGAGGAGGAGGACAGGCGAGCCCACAUCCUGAACCAGCAGCAGGGGGACCUGCUGUCAGAGAGCCUGGAGCAGAGCACCAGCACGCUGGGCCUCCGUCGCCUCCGGCCUGACAGCUACAAGGGCCUCACCCCAGAACAGCAGCUCAGCAUCAUCCAACAGCAGCAGGAGCAGGUCGUGCAGGGGAAGAGGCUCCAGGCAGAGAAGGUUCUGGAGGAAGCGCAGCAGGCCCAGCGGCGCCUGGCGGCGGCCCGGACGGCCGUGCUGCAGGAGCGGCAGCAGGCCCGUGUUGCCAGGCAGCUGCGGCGGGAGCUGGAUGACACCAACGCACAGCUGGCCGCAGCGCGCCUCGCAAAAAAGACGCACCUUGAGGAGGUUUACAGCAACGUCCCAGACGAGAGCUACUUCUCCCAGUUCAACACCGGCAGUCGAUGAUGGCCAAAACUGUGUACCAUGUUCUGCUCAUUGCAUCAUUAUCACGGAGAGAAUAGUUCUUACUUUUGUGUAAGAAUGGACACAAUAAAUAAUAAGGCAAAACUAUAAAUUCUUUGUUUCUUUAAAUAGAAGUUUUUUACUUUCCUUAAAAAUAAUUAUUUCAUUUAAUGCCCUACUCUGAUCAGAAUGCUACAGUUUCAAGCCCCAAAUUAAUUCCAUACAAUAAAGCUUGUAAUU